AUGGCUCCCCGACACUGUAGCCAACCACGUCCAUCGGAGUAUAACGCCCGCCUUCGCGGUCAGAAAGGCACAAACUCGGGUGCCAACUCCCCAAGUAUCGAGCAGCAGCAACAGAAACAACAGCAGCAGGGCCAGGAGGGGAACCAGCUGUCCCCUACAGAUCAAUCAGUGAAGCUCCCGCCAGUUCCUAAGUCACCAUCACUUGCUGAGACCAUGGGUAUGGACCAGGCUACCGGCAUGAUGCCGUCCCCCGAAGAGAUGCUCGCCGCCUAUCGCCUGCCUCCUCUCAAGCCUCUUUGGCUCAACUGCAACUAUGCGAAGCACAUCGUCAAGGGCAAUUUCAUGACGCUGAGCACCAAGCCAAAGACGGUUGAACUGGGCGAGUGGAUCGCACACCAAGUCGUUGAACACUGGCGGAUAUUGUACAACUAUAUCCGUCUUGUUUAUGACAAGGAAGCAGAUGGCACAUCUAUCUGCAACCCGAAGAGAUGCCCAAAGAUGUCAGCUGGCGCCAACCACUCCUUUACAUGGCUCAACAGCCGCCUUCAACCCGUCGAGAUCCCUGCCCACGAGUACUUGACCCUUGUGCAGCGGUACAUCAACGGAAAGAUCGACGACACCACCAUCUUCCCGACGGAUCCGAACGGCGUGUCGUAUGCCGACAACCCGGCCUUCUGCACUCCGCUGCCGGAGACCAGUCCCGACUGGCUGGGCAAGCGCAGUGGCUUCCCACAGAACUUCUUCGAGACCUGCCAGACCAUCUUUCGUCAGAUGUUCCGUGUGUAUGCACACCUAUACUGGUCGCACUUCGAGGACAUGUUCUGCCUGAACCUCGAAAAGGCUAUGAACAGCUGCUUCAGCCACUUCAUUCUGACGGCGACGACGCUGAACUUGCUCAAAAAGUCCGACCUCGAACCAAUGCAGCCGCUCAUCGAUCUGUGGGCUGCUCUCGGUACCUUCCCUCAGGGCACCAAGGCUUACGAGAUCGCCAAUCUGGCGGUUGGUCAUUAUCUGAUUCAGAAGGCGGGCGGCCCUCCGCCACAGCAGUGA